AUGACUCUCCCCGACGUGUUGAUGCAACGAGUCGACGAAUACGUCGACUCCCUCGCCCCUCAGAUCCAGCCCCGCAUCGCCUCCGAGAUCGACACCUUCCAGCAAAGGACCAUCGACGGUCUGGAGGACCAGGUCGUCGAUGCCUUCCGCUCGCUGUUCAACAAGGACAAGAGCGCAAACGACGGCGGCGCAAGGGGCCUGAACGACUCACCCCCGGAUGCCUACGGAGGCCAGUCCCUACCUUUCGCCGACGAGAUUGCCAAGCUCACACGCAGCUUCAGCACAAUCACCAACGAGGCUGGUGAUGACCUGCGCGACAUCUUCGACCUCACCGAAGGCCGCGGUGGUGCAGCUGGCCCUGCCGAGACGCAGUCGCGCGGGUUGAGCAGCAACAACGACGCCUUCUCUUCAGGUGCCAAGGGCUUCUUCACCGCCGCCAUCGGCGCAGUACAAGAUCACCUGGACAACAACAAUAACAACAACAACAAUAAUGGGCAGGGGGGUCAGAAGUUUGAGCUCGAUGGCCUCUUGGGCGUUCUCAGCAAUACCGUCAAGGAUGCUGCACGCAAUCCGGAGGAGAAGGCCCGUCUCAUCAGCCCCGAGAUCAAGGAAAAGGUCGCUGCAAAGUUGAGGGAGCAGCACGCACCCAUCGCUGAGCAGUUUACUCGCAUCGCCCUCGAUCAUAUCAAGCGCUGGCUGCGCGGCAACACGAGCACUCGGGAUGUAGGCGACGGCGUCAAAGGGGAGAUUGAGGAUCAGGUCAAGGACCUUGUCAAGGGGAUCGGAGGGCUCUUCGGAAACAAAAAGCAAUCUGGUGAAGGUCCCUCUAGAGGGCUCGGUGAUCGCGAUGGUGAGGGCGACGCAAGCGGAGGCGGUGGAUUUUCCAAGGUCAUCAGCGACAAGCUGAGCACCGGUCUUGCCAAAGUCCACCGCGAAGUACGUCUUGAGUUCCGAAAGGUCCUAGGCGCAAUCGAGAAACAGCUUUUUGAGCUUUUGCCAGACGCGUUCCAGCGCCCUCUGGAGAAGAUCCUGGGCGGCAACCCCUUUGACUCCCAGCUCGACCGCGAGGCCGGGGGUCAAGCAGACCGUGGCUUCGCUGAUGAUAUCAAGGUCAAGCUGGUCAAGAAGAUCCGCGGCCUAAUUCAGAAGGUACAGGAAACCCUUCGCGAAAGCAUCUUGGGUCUUGUCAAUGGCGGACACCGCAAGUUUGAGCGCGAGAGCUGGGUCUUUGUGCAGAACAUUGUGGAGGGUAAGGUGCAGAAAUAUCUCCCCAAGGUCAAGAUCACCGUGCCCGAUGACAUUGGCAAUGAGAAUGUUAGCGUGGGCGCGCCAACAACCGCUUCGCAACUCGGUAGUGGAAAUCAGCCUCAAGCCCCCGCUCAAGGCAACUAUGCGCCUCCCCCAUCGCAGGACCAGUAUGGUGGGCAGUCAUCUCAUCAACAAUCAUACAACCCUCCUCCUCCGCCGCACAACCAGGAGUAUCGACCUGAGCAGCAACUUCAUGAAGACCGGCCACAACAAUACCAGCCUCAACAAGAGUACCGGCCGGACCAAUAUCAGGCACCUCACCAGAACCAACCUAAUCAGUACGAUUCAAACCAGCAACAUGGCUAUGGCCAGAACCAGAACUACGGCGAAAACCCGAACUACGGACAUAAUCAGGGGUAUGGCCAGAACCAGGGCUACAACGGAAACCAACGAUACUGA